CGAAGAGCACUUUUAUGAUGUCUGGUUCUCGCAGCAUCACAGCGUGCGAUCUUGUUGUAUACUGCACUUCAUCAAAGCGUUCUUCCACCUGGCUGUAUCGUGUUUUUUGUUCUCGCUCGAUCCCAGUCAUGAUUUUGGUGCUUAGCGUACAUUAUGCAUCGUAAACUCAAAAUGCUAGACCCUACGCCCAAACUUUCACGUCUGUUCACGCGCCGGAAAGCACGUUAUCGAUAUACCAAAUUGCAGAAGAAUCAGAUUCGUCUUCUCCAGUUGGAGCCUGGUACCAGAGAAGACCCCAUCAUCUGUAACCUUCAAAUCGUUGAUUUGCUUGCUUACGACGACCUUGGUGCAAACUCGUCCAUCAGUGGCUUCGAAGAAUACGAAGCUAUUUCAUAUGUUUGGGGCAACUCCAAUUACACGAUUGAGAUAGAUUGUGACGGGCGAAGAGCGUAUGUUACACAAAGUCUAGCCGACGCGUUACAAGCACUUCGCCAUGAAGCCACGGUCAGAAUACUGUGGGCAGAUGCACUCUGCAUCAAUCAAAAAGACAUCGGUGAACGUGAAGAGCAGGUGAAACUAAUGGGCUUGAUCUAUUGGAAAGCGCGCUGUGUUCGCAUCUGGCUUGGUCACGAUGAUGACGUUGAAGACAUGUAUCGUGCAAAACACAUUAUCCCAGUCAUAAGAUACUUAGCGGAUGUACACAUGAAGGCGGUUGGAACUACAGGAGAACAGUAUGACGCAUACUGCAACAUCAGAUUCACUGAACCUGCGGAUAUUACGAAGGCUCAAUGGACUGCCUUGCAUCGUCUUCUGGCUCGACCAUGGUUCCAACGUGUCUGGGUUGUUCAAGAGCUCGGCUUAGGCAGAGCUGCAGUUUUUCACUGUGGCCAAGAGCGUUUCAACAAGACCGAACUAACGGAUUUCACAACAAUGUUGCGUCAUGUGAAGAAGGGAUCGAAAGAACCACCAUUGCUGGAUCUACAGAUGAUACAUUUAGGCAACGAUUACUGGCGUUCGUGCUUAGCCGGCACGCGUCUUGAGCUUGGGUCGGAUCCUAAAGAAGCAGAGACCUUUUUCGACAUCCUCAGCAGAGCACGUGGCUUGAAUUGUACGGACCGUAGAGACAGCGUAUACGCAUUCCUAGGUCACCCUUCCGCUUUCAAACAGCAGCGGCUCGAUGUUGAACCAUACAAAUGGUACCCUCGGAACUACUACUAUAGUAGGGCUACGAUCGUUGCGCCAAACUACAAAAACUCCAACACGUAUUUGAGACUUUAUCAUCAACUAGCAAUCGCCGCUAUUGACAACUUCGAUCUUGGUCUCGACGUUAUAGCUCACGUAGCUCACACCUGGGAGAGCAUUCAAUCGGACUACCCUUCAUGGGUGCCACGAUGGGACAUUGACGGAAAAGAUUUUAUCGCCACCAAAACCUGUUAUACAGCCUCCGGGUUUCGUCCAAGUCUCAGAGUCGAGUUAGGGCUUACCAAACGCAAAGGGCUUUUCAGCCAGGCGUCCUUCUGGGGGCUGCGACUGGACACUGUUCGCUGCGUCCGUCACAUACCAGUGACGGAGUACCUCGCCGAAUGCCUUGAUGUGAUGGCGCUUUUACUGAGCGACGCUCCCAAGCUGCGGAGACCAAACGCCAUCCCGAUCCCAAACUCCCUGGUUUAUCCAUACGAAGAGCCGUUUGUAUUAGCGUUCGCGUCCACUAUGACCGCUGGUCUAACAUCAACCUGGGAGUUGUCAUGCCAACCAACAGACAAGAACCCAGAUCAACAUGUCCGGGACUUUCACGCGUACUAUCGCCGCGAGAACGCGCUAGAUAUCUCAGUGCUUUCUGAAGACGACCUAGAGCAUGCAUCAUACUUCGAAACAAAUGUCAGACGCGCAGCUCGCAACCGGUUGAUGUACAUCACUAACGAUGGCCGUCUGGGACUCGGUCCUCCAAUCACGGAAGGCUCAGAUCAGGUGUGGAUUCCAGUUGGAGCCAAAAUGCCCGUCAUUCUCCGGCCGUACGACAAUGGGAUGUUCAAGAUCAUCGGGCAGACGUAUGUCCAUGGAGUGAUGAGAGGAGAAGCAUUUACGGAGAAGAAUAGGGACAAUAUUGAAAAAGUAACUUUGUUCUAAAAACUAGAACUAGAACUUUCAGACCUGUCAGAUAAAGUACAGACACUAUCUGUACUGCACUCAAGUACGUCAGAUCAUUACCCGACCAACCACUUAGUGAAUGCAGCACUAGACGAUAAGAAAGGG